AAUCAGUUCUUUUAUCCAGACCAACAAACACACCAUAGGAGCUUUGUGGAUUCAAAGGAUUUGCUUUCGCUUCUGAAAGAGCCGCUAUUCUUUGAUGAUUGGGUAGCGGCAAACUUCAAAGCCAUAAAUCUUCCCUCUGACUGGCUGGCGGCCCAGCAAAGUCCUUAUCAAAUUCUUGGAGGUGAUCCUGAAGCGCUCAGACCGCGCGCGGGGCGAGCGAGCGGGGCGCGGGCGGGGAGGACCGGGAGGCACGCUGGGCGGCCGUUCGUCCUCGCCUUCGGGUGUCCAUGCCUCGGCGGCGGCGUCCCGCUCCGCGGCGAGCGGCCUCCAAGCUGUAGCCAUGGCCGCCGUGGCCGUCCUCCGGAACGACUCGCUGCAGGCCUUUCUCCAGGACCGCACCCCCAGCGCCUCCCCGGACCUGGGCAAGCACUCGCCCCUGGCGCUGUUGGCCGCCACCUGUAGCCGGAUCGGCCAGCCCGGCGCGGCGGCGGCUCCGGACUUCCUGCAGGUGCCCUACGACCCAGCGCUGGGCUCGCCCUCCAGGCUCUUCCACCCGUGGACAGCCGACAUGCCCGCGCACUCGCCCGGUGCGCUGCCGCCUCCGCACCCGAGCCUGGGGCUGACCCCGCAGAAAACGCACCUGCAGCCGUCUUUCGGAGCUGCGCACGAGCUGCCGCUCACGCCCCCCGCUGACCCCUCCUACCCCUACGAGUUCUCGCCGGUCAAGAUGCUGCCCUCGAGCAUGGCAGCUCUGCCUGCCAGCUGCGCGCCCGCCUACGUGCCCUACGCCGCUCAGGCCGCGCUGCCACCGGGCUACUCCAACCUGCUGCCCCCGCCUCCGCCACCACCGCCUCCGCCGCCCACCUGCCGCCAGCUGUCCCCCAACCCGGCCCCCGACGACCUCCCGUGGUGGAGCAUCCCACAGUCGGGAGCCGGGCCGGGGGUCUCCGGGGUUCCAGGGAGCAGCCUCUCCAGCGCCUGUGCUGGGGGUCCCCACACUCCGCGCUUCCCAGCCUCUGCGGCCGCUGCUGCCGCUGCAGCUGCCGCCCUUCAACGGGGCCUGGUGUUGGGCCCGUCGGACUUUGCGCAGUACCAGAGCCAGAUCGCUGCGCUGCUGCAGACCAAGGCCCCCCUGGCGGCCACGGCCAGGAGGUGCCGCCGCUGCCGCUGCCCCAACUGCCAGGCGGCGGGCGGCGCCCCCGAGGCGGAGCCGGGCAAAAAGAAGCAACACGUAUGCCACGUGCCGGGCUGCGGCAAGGUGUACGGCAAGACGUCGCACCUGAAGGCGCACCUGCGCUGGCACACGGGCGAGCGGCCCUUCGUGUGCAACUGGCUCUUCUGCGGCAAGAGCUUCACGCGCUCGGACGAGCUGCAGCGGCACCUGCGGACUCACACGGGCGAGAAGCGCUUCGCCUGCCCCGAGUGUGGCAAGCGCUUCAUGCGCAGCGACCACCUCGCCAAGCAUGUCAAGACGCACCAAAAUAAGAAGCUCAAAGUUGCUGAGGCCGGGGUUAAGCGGGAGAACACGCGGGACCUGUGAGCUACCUACACGGGGGCAUUCUGGAGGUCACUCCUGCCUUCCCAGCACCUCUGUGGGAGGUCCUGGGAACUUGACACCUCUGGGCAGCUGACAGAGUGGCGACUUAGCAAACAGACUUUCCACUGUCCGCCUCCCAAAGUGGAGGCCUGGCUCCCUGCUUCCUCCGCCCAAGGACAGAGGGAGGAGCAGGAGAGGCCCAGCUGGGAACUGGGGCCCACUGGCCAUGGUUGAGAGCCCUGGAUUAUACCAGGGUAGUUCUAAAGUUCGAAUCAUUGCCACCGCCCAGGAGACCUACAGUUUGGGGUACCACCUGGGCCUUGUAUAUAUAGGAUACGCUGCUGAAUAAAAGCGGAAGGACCGUGGGCGAUUUGAAACGGUGCUCCAGUUUUGACUAGGGCUGGUUCGGGCUUUGUACAGGUUAUUUAAAAAUAGCUUUGUUAAAGAAUAUAAUAAUUACAACAUUAAUGUUCGUUUUGUCCUCGGCUCCACGCAGAGCUACAGCAUGGUAUGUCUCUGUAAAGCGAUCAGCAGUUGCAGCGUGAAAAUAAAUACGUUAACUCCUGGGUCCCCUCGGGAAGACCCCG